AUGAAGAAACCAUGUAAUCAUGAAGGUGAUGAAAUUAAAUGCAAAGUCGAAGAAUUUAGAAUGAAUUUAAAACGACGUAUUGAAGAUUCACCGCAACCAGUUAAAAAGAUUUAUAGAGAACAAAUAAUAUCAUUAUAUACAGCAUCACCGCAAAUUACACCAUUUACACCAAUGUUUCACGAGAUGAAAACUUCAUUAUAUAAUGCAAGAAAUACAAGUUAUCCACCUGCUCCACGUAAUAUUGAUGAUGUUAAUAUUGAAGAAAUAUGA